GGACUCACUUGGGAAUGCCAUUGAAUUCCACGAGUUCCACGGGCACUUCCGGUUCAACAGGUUCUCUACAGUCCUAUAGUCAAAUGGCGGGCUCGCAGUACAGCCCGCUGACCCGACGAGAGAGGGAGCUCAGAGAGAUCCAACAGGUCGAGAGGCUCCGCCAUAAGUUAGAGAAGGAACUGAAAGAAGCUUCCGAUAGAGAAAAAGAGAUGAAAAGUAGAGCAGCCAGGCUUGAAACAUUAGAGGCUGACAAGGCUGAAUUAGAGGGCUUGGAUGAGUCAUCUAUGAAUGACCAAAUGAGAACGCUGAAGAAGAAUAUGCUGUCGCUGCAUGCGCAUGUGGACAGCAGAUUAAACUUCAUGCAGAGCACUGUAGACCAGAUCCUGGAUGCAUUGACAAAGCCAGGAUUCAGGCCACCAACACUAUCGCCGUUGCCGUUAUCGGCGAUGUCAGGCCCCUUUCCAGUUACACAGCUAAGUGGUGAGAGGAAGGAUGAGGAACUCAACACAUGGUUGAGGACAGUUCCGGUUUGGGUAAAGGCCAAGAGGACCUUGCUAGAGGACGAAGUGGUAACUGCUGCAUCUUACCUUGAGGGUAAGGCAACCAAGUGGCUAGAUGGGGUAGUUGUAAAGGCCGGGUAUGGGAGACGCAUGGCGGACUGGGCUAAGUCUCCGACGUUAGACCAGUUCAUGGAAAUGGUAGAAGCUCGAUGGCAUAAUCCACAGGAGGCACAAAGGGCCACCGAUGCCAUUAACAAACUAGACCAACGAAAGUUCAAGUCGGUUAGAGAGCUUACGACUAUCGUUGAGAGCCUGAUUCUCGUCCUAGGCAUCAACUACAGUGACCAGUUCCUUUUAACGACGUUCUUCUACUUGAGGACUGAUCAUCAGACCCUCAAAUGGAUCAAGACUCAACCGGCUCUUUCUGAUGCACUCAAGCAAUGGAUUGAGGUCAUAGACCAGUAUGACUUCAAGCUUGAGUACCUGAAGGGAGAGUACAACAAGGUUGCAGACGCGCUAUCACGUAGAGCAGACUACCUAGGUGCGCUAGUUUCUGACUUCGGCGUAUCUGAUGAAGUAACUCAAUCAUUGGUGGGAGCCUAUCAGGAAGACCCUGUCACGAUGGACAUCAUGCGCAAACUUCAGGCAAAAGACAAGGCCACAAAAAGUGAGUUUGUGAUGGUGGACAGGUUACUCUAUCUUGAGAAGGCGGGAAUAAAAAGGAGAUCGAUGCUGCCCCCAACCAUGGAUGGACAAGUCGACAUCGACGACAUUGUGGAUCAUAGGGACAUGCCUGUUGCAAAGCCGCUGGGUAGAGGAAGACCUCCUAAACCCAAGAGAGAAUACCACGUCAGAUUCACGCAUCACACGGAUCCCAAAGAAGAUCGGUGGUUCACCAGGGAGGAACUGAUUGAGACAGCUCCUCAGGUGGUGGCAGAGUAUGAAAGGAAGCUGAAAGGGAAGGCACCUGCGAAGAAGUUUGACUGGAACCUGAAGGCGAAGAUGAUUGGCAAGGCAGCCAUGGAGAGUGCUCUGGUGCUGGUCAAGGAGCUGAACUUAGAAGGAGUGCUUGCCCCGGAAGAUUUCCUUUCUCAGCGAGAAGCAAUACUUGAUGACCUGUUCCCCAACAGUGAGCUCAUGCCAGGUGCGGAUCGGCUGGUUCGCCAUUUCCAUAAACACGGCGUCAAGAUGGCUGUUGCAACAAGUUCACAUACACGGUUCUUCAAGCUGAAAACUCAGAAACACACAGAGUUCAUGUCUCUCAUGCAUCACGUUGUAACCGGGGAUGAUCCAGAAAUACUCAAGGGGAAGCCAUCACCUGACAUCUUCCUUGUUGCAGCAAAGAGAUUUGAGGAUUCAUCGCUGAAACCUGAGAGCGUGCUGGUGUUUGAAGAUGCGCCCAGUGGCGUCCAGGCAGCAAAAGCCGCGGGAAUGUCAGCGGUAAUGGUGCCGGACCCAAAUCUUGACAAAGCAUAUCAGAAGGAGGCAGACGAGGUUUUGACGUCUCUUUUCGAGUUCGAUCCCUCAAAAUGGGGGCUUCCAGCGUUUGAAACUCCAGCCCAGUUUUGAUUGCCAUUCUGUGUUGUUCAUUUCUGUCAUCUUCACUUUCAAUUCAUCACGCGACUUCUGUCGCAGUUUUCUUGCGGACAGGAAAACAGCAGAGUAAGCCACUAGGAAACUACCAUUUUUUUGGCAGGAUAGAAUUGGGGACUUGUUUCUCCACCUUUUUUUUUAACUGCAGGAUUUCUCUUAUCAGUUUAUUAAACUUUAUUUGAAUUAUUGGAACAUAAGGAGUCUUUUUUUUUGUCUUUUUUCCUUUCAUUUAUGAUGAUAUGAAGUUGUUUGAACUUCUUUGACAGUUCUUCUGAAGAAUGUGAACUGGUAGUGAAUAGUUUUUUGGUCAAUUUUAAAACUUGAAUGAAUAGUUUUGGUCAAUUUGAAAAUUUCUUAUCUGGAGAUGUCGCAGGUGCGAAGCCAGGAAAUAGUACAGUAAACUUCAGCUUGCAUG